GUUUCUCUGCUCGCACACGCCGAGCCGCGCGCGGCCCGACAACACUGGAGCCCUAUGGAGCCCCCGUCGUUCCCCGCCGGCGGCCUCCAGACCGUCAGAGCGGCUCCCGGUAGCGUCGCUACCCUCACUCUGCCCACGCCGGCGGGCACUCCGCCCUUACACUACAGCUGGAGUCGAGCGGGAGCGUCUUUGGACGACCGGUUCGUGUCCACCGAAGAGGCCGGCGGCGUCAGGCUGACUGUGUCCACUGCCCGGACCGGCGAUACAGGCGUCUACACUCUACAGGCCAGCAAUGCGGCCGGUAGCGAUACAGCGAGAGUUCGACUGGAGGUAUCAGCGGAGGAAAGCCCCUCCGGUGAGGAUCCGCCCACCUUCCUGCGGCGACUGCAGGAUCUCACCGUCAAGGUCGGAACCAGAACGCGCUUCCUCGUAGAGAUCAUCAGCUCUACUGAGUGCAAGGUAACAUGGUACCGGAACGAGCGCCGUUUGCUCGAAGCGGAGCGCGUGUCGAUCGUGAGGGACGGGAGCUUCUUCUGCGCGGACGUGGCGGCCGUGAGCGUGGACGACGCGGGCAGGUGGACCUGUACCGCUGAGAACGUCGGGGGCAGGGCUAGCUGCUCCGCGCACCUUAAUGUUUUAGUCCCGAAAGCCUACAAACGUCCUGAGUUUGUGGAGGAGCUCCGCGCGCUGUUGACCGAGCAAGGCACCGUCUCCCUCGAGUGUAAAGUGGUCGGGGUCCCCACUCCCGUCCUCAGGUGGUUCAAGGACAGUCGUGAAAUAAAAGCCGGAGACGUGUUCGCUUUGACGGCAAACGCUGAGGAUCCGACUUCCCUCGGCACGUACACCUGUGAAGCUGUCAACUGCAUGGGCAGGGCUUACUCUUCUUCCAAGGUGCACGUCGUGGGACGCGCGAGCAGGGAAGGAUCCCUUAAGCCAAAUUCAAGCGGACUGUCGCCCGAGCCGCCCCCGAUAUUCACGAGAGAACUGGAAGACCAGUACGUACGAAUCUGCGAGCCGUUUACCUUGAGCUGUCAGAUCGUGGUCCCGCCUUGGCCGCGGUCUGUCGUGUGGUACAACAAGGAAGGGAAGGUGGAAGCUGGAGAAAGGUACCACGUUUUGGAAGAUGGCGUCGGUGGAUAUGUGCUGGAAGUCAGAAGCGCUGAGUGGCGUGAUGAAGGAGAGUGGAAGUGUGUGGCGACCAGCAGUGGGGGACGCGUUGGCAUCUCCACUUGCAGCCUUAAUAUGGACGUGCCGAAAAACUACAGGAAACCCCGUUUCAUGGAAAACCUUCAAGCAGUUCUCACCGAAGAAGGACUGGUAUCGUUCGAAUGUAAAGUCGUCGGCUUCCCCACACCGGUGCUUAGUUGGUUCAAAGACGGCCAAGAACUAAAACCUGGUGACGUAUACCAAUUGACCGGAACUAACUCUCUGGGAUCGUACUGCUGUAUAGCGAAGAAUUGCAUGGGUCAAGCCAGCAGCUCUGCUGAACUAACCGUCGAAGACAUACAGAACCAACUUAACGAGGAAGAGAAGUUACAGCUUUUCUCUAAGAAUCAAGCGCCUAAGUUUGUGCACGGCUUGAAGAGUGUAGAAGCAAAAAUAGAUGAACCAUUCCGCUUCACAAUCAAAGUUGCAAUUCCGCCUGAACCUUCUCUAUUGUGGUACCGUGACGACCAGCCAGUGGACGAGUCUUCACGCUGCCACCUCGGCAAAGAAGAGCGCGGCGUCUUCUUCCUUGACAUCCAAGCUCUUGAGUUCCUUGACCAGGCUGAGUGGAAGUGCGUCGCUUUCAACGAUUUCGGACAAAGCGUCACCUCAUGCUUUCUCAAACUCAUAAUACCGAGACAUUAUAAAAAACCUAGGUUUCUAGAAAAUUUGCAAGCCAUUUUAUCUGACGAAGGCGCUGUGAAUCUCGAGUGUAAAGUAAUUGGUGUUCCACAACCAGUUCUUAAGUGGUACAAGGACGGCGAAGAAUUAAAACCUGGUGACAUACACAGAAUUAUAUCAGGACAGGAUGGCACCUGUAGCCUUGGAACCUAUACUUGUGAAGCCUCUAAUUGCAUGGGAGUAGCUGCCAGUUCUGCCUCAUUGCUCGGAUUCGAGGAGUCCAUGAAGGCUAAAGAAAAGAAGAAAGCCGAAGAACAGGCUCUGCAAAGAAACUUAUCUUUGAGCACUAUACACGAAGAACGAACAUCGCAAAUGUAUGAUACUCCAGUUGGAGACAUUACUCUCGAUGACAAAGGAGAAGUAUCUUUCUCGUUUGAUGGAAAAGAAGUGUCGGUUUCCUUAUACGAAACACCGGAUCUGACCGAAGAAGAAGCAUUACAAAUAGUGGAAAUGUACGCCGAUCAGUUAUCAGAAAACGUAACUGAGCAUAACGUUGUUGAAUUACCACCUCUGCGAUUUGUCAAAGAAACUUCUACAUCGGGAAAUUUAUUAAUGGAAGCCCUAGUCAUUGAUGUUUCUCCUGAAUAUUUUGCAUCUCCAGAAGAAGAUCUAAGAACUGAAGCUGACGUUGAAGAUAUUUCCAUCGCAGAUGAAAACGGUCUUCCGCAGUUAUCAUUGGACCAAGAAAUUGACAUAGCAGGUGAAGACUAUUUAGAAAAGACAAUGGCUCUUUUGUCUGAAGAAAAAGUAGACAUCCCAUUAACAUUAGGCAGAAAAAAAUCAGAUUCUCAAAAAAGUGGAGAGGAUUAUUUUAGUUUGUCUAGAGAGCAAUCAUUGUCUGAAGAAAAGAAAGAUGACGACACGCAGGUGAUGUCGGAAAGUGAAUUACAAAGUUUUGCCAGUGCUCACAGUUCCGGAAAACCCAAAUCCAAAUCUUCUAAGCCUAGUGGAGAAGACGGCCAUGAAUCCUCUGAUCUAACUAAGACAAUUCUUUUGAGAGAUGACAUGCAAAAACCAACUGAGAGUGAUGUCAAAACUUCUGCAAGGAAAACAAAACGCGAAAGAAGGAGUAGCCGCGGAUCUAGCGGUAGUGAGAAAUCUGUUGAUAAAUUUAAAGAUGAGUUAAUUAAAGAACAAACGAUCAUUGCAACUGAAACUGAAAUGGAGGGAAAACAAGUAAUGACGAAUGAAGAGUUUAGAGUAUCCAUGACAAACGUUAGUACAUCCCUCAAUAAAGUGAUUAAUGAUAUUGAAAAAAUUGAAAAAGAAAUCAUCAUCAAGUCAGAGCUUAUGGCUUCUGCUGCUACCGCUUCAAAGAGCUUGGAAAUAAUAAGUAGCUUAAUAAAUCCACUUUCUGAAAUUCUUAGUAUAACUGACACCAUUCAAGAAUCUGCUUCAGAAACCAUUGAAGUACAGCGUACUCUGUUCUCUAGGCUCCCUAAGCCAUUGAAAGUAUUGCAACAAACUCUUACGAUCAUAGAAAAGUGUAUAGAUGUUGAAAGUGACAAUCGAACACUAGUCAAGAAAACUUGCGUUUCCAUCAUGGAAAAAUGUGGUAAUGCAAUUCAGAACCUUGUUUGCGAAAUAAAUGCUAUUGAAAAGAAAGAAUAUUUAUUACUAAGUGAAAAUGUGUGUAAUGAACUUGACGUAGUAUCAAAUGAAAUAUCUACGGUUGUAAAUUUUUCUACAGAAUCGAUUAAGACUAAUAAUCUGCUAAACGAAGCAACUGAGGUAAAACUUGAAUCGACAGUAGAAUCUAAGCAUUUAACAGACACUCAAAAAGCUCUUUUUGAACUCAAAGGUCCAUUAAGGUCUUUGCUGUAUAUUGUUGACAGUGCUGAAAGUGGAAAGAUCGUAGACAUUUCCCAAGUUAAUAACAGCGAAGUCAUUUUGAACGACAUGUCAGCAUCGAUACAGGAUCUCCAAAGUGCAUUGGAGCAAAUAGAAUCACUUUCUGUACUAGAAUGUGCAACAUCUUUAAAUAAAUAUAACACCGAAAUAAUUGAAAAUGUUAUGGAACCUGUUCUUCAACUUCGAAGCUCAUUCGAAAAAAUGUCAACAGAAAUAAAAGCUGAAGACAAAAUUCAGUUGAAUAAAGUUUUGUCGUCAAUUAAAGAAAACUUAACCGUUAUUUCAUCAUACAUUAAUAAAGUGGAAAAUAAUAUAGGUGCUUUUGAUGUAUUGCAAAAUGAGAAUAAAUUGGAAGCACUUCAAAAAAUGGCAGAGACACUUAUUUCGUUGGAGAAAAAUCUACCUACACUGGACACCAUGCCACAAGUCCAAAGCAACAUGAAUUCUUUUCACAAAAAUCUUACCAAAGCCUUGGAGAAGGUGAUCGAAAGUAAUAAUGCUAAGAAGUACUUAUCGAUGAUCGAGAUUUGCGAUGGUAUAAGACGCAUUAAUUCUUGUAUAAGAGAUAUGGACACGGACAAUAUUCUAAGCCUUGCAAGCUUAAGCAACACUCUUAAAAUUAUACAAAAUCAAUUUAUCAAAAACAUCUUUGAUUCAGAAUUAAAUUGUUGUGUAGUAACAAAUAUAACUGAUAUACUUAUUGGAAUACAGGAGACAAUUAAUCAAGCUCAGGAAUCGACAACAGAAAUACAAUAUGAUAAUUUGCAAGAAAUACAAGCUCCAGUACUUGACUCGACAAAAGUUAAAAUAAUAGUUGAACAUGUAAAUCAAACGGUCGCAGCUAUUAAUCAAGUGAAAUUAUUAGAAACUACGUCAUCUCUAAAGGAGAACAUUACACCAAUUUUACAAAAAAUUUGUCCAAUAUUAGAAGAGCUGAAACAAAAUAUUGCAUCAGCAUGCGUUGGCGGAAUACAAAAAGAAGCUUACGUCUCGGAUAUUUCAGAAAAGUCAUUUUCUGAAAAGUUUGCGAUUCCUCUCUCUGAACUCAACCACAAUGUUAUAGUUCUUAAUCAGACUAUAAUCGAAAAUAUUGAAAGCUUGAAAGAAUCAAACGAAAUUGUAACUGCUAUAGCGGAACCAUUACAGGAAUUAUUUAGAACUUUGGAGGUUAUACAGCAAGACGUAAUUUCUCAGUUUGGUCCUGAUCUGAGUCAAUAUGAAAUUAGUGUGGAUAUAGCAAGCAUUAUUCAAAGCUUACAGAGCUGUGUUGUGAUGAUUCAAGAUCAUGCUGCAAUAGAAGUAGUUGAUGAUAUGUCAACAUUAGAAGAUAUUUCUGGAAUUAAAACUACUGCUGAGACAGCUCCGUCCGACCAAUUGGUACUUCCCACUGCUGAAUUUGCUACAACAGAACAAACUCUAGGGUCAUUUUAUGACGAACAACCAAAAUCAUCCAUAGCUCAAGCUUUGCAUGUUUUGAAUGAACAUUUGACAAUUUUACAAAGUCCAGAAAUCAUUGAUGCUAUCGACACGCUUUCUGAAAUAAGCGACUAUUUCAGUCUCAAAUCAGUAACUCUGGGUCUGAGUGAUCUUCAUUCUGGAAUAGAAGAAGUUUUGCAACCAAUUGUGUUAGAAGGUUUGCAAUCAAUUAAUGCUUCUAAAUUAGCAGCUAUGGCAGAACCUAUGCAAGUUCUUCAACAUAGUUUAUCCGUAGUGGACCCAAACAACAUUCCAAUUUAUGAAAAUAUAUUAGAGUUACCUACGGAUAAUAUACAUUCCGUUUUAAACAAAAUAAACGCUUUUAAAGAGCAUUUAGAUAAAUGCAUGCAGGCUAUUUUGCCAGCUUUGGAAUUUACUAAGCAGUCCAUUGAAAUUUCGAGCUCAGUAAAUAAGUUAAGAGAAGCGUGUCAACAUUUAAAAAUAAUGCUCAAGUCAAUUAAUCAAAGCUCUACAACUCAAAUUCCCGAGGUUCAAGUGUUAGACGAUGUAGUCAACGAGAUCUUAAUUGCUACCGAUGUAACAGAAGGCAUAAAAAUUGAACAAGUGAGAUAUUUAAGCGAAGAAUUAUACGCCAAAGUGGCUGGUAUUCAGGAAGAAAUUUUGAGGUUUACACCGAACUCUUCAGAAGCUUUACCUAAUGAGGCAUCUUUCAUACACACUAUUGAGGAAGUUGAACAUAAUAUUGCUGUAUUGGAAGAAUACGAUUUUGUGGAUUUAUCACGAGCUUCUGAAUUGUCAUCAUGUGCUUCACCGCAAAUAGCAAAAGAAGUUGAAAUUGAAUCUCUUGUGCACAUUAGUGAAAUUGUUGAAACUGCGGUACGUAUAAUAAAAGACGCUGGCGAAGAUACCCCUAUGGCGGACUUGAUGAUUGUUGAAGAUUUUUUUACGACUUGUAAGAACGAAUUUACUAUAUUACGCUGUCUCUUGAAUAAAAGCAUGAGCCCCAAAAAAAUUAUUAGAUUAGUGCAAGAGUUUUGUAACAUUCAAAGUACUAUUCAAGGUUUUAAGACUAAAACAAAUGAACUGCAGCUGUCUGAUGAUGUAAACCAAUGCAUCGAGAGUUUUUUGAUUCAUAGCGAUGAUUGUUUGGCAACUGUACGACAGUCUUUAAUAAAAAUUGUAGAAUCACAGUCUGAGCUCUUGUUUAAGUCUCCAAUUGUUAAUCUAAAGUAUUUAAGUCACCGAAAUCACUUUGAUAAAAUGGCUAAUCUUGUUGCAAAGUUAGACAAUUUAGUUGAUGCAGUCAAACCCAACGCCGAAAAUAUCAAAGAUAAAAUCAUAAUGGAAUUAAAGAAUUUUGAUUUAUGCAAUGUCAAUAAUGAAGAAAACAAAUUGGUGAGAACAAUGGACGAUUUCUUUAGAUUUGUAGAAGACGAAAUAGUGGUACAAGAAGAUAAUGACAAGAAAGUUAUUUUCAAGAAAAUUUUAACGUGCCUUGAAAAACACCAAGAUUAUAAAGAUGCUACUGAUGCUGGCAAAGUAUUAAUAAUAAUGCAUUGCCUGUCUAAUUGUGUGGAUAUACUACAAGAGAGCUUAGGAGAAACUAAGCAAAAAAUUGAAUGUGAUACAAAUGAUGAAGCAUUGGAUAUUAAAGCUGCAUUAAUGGAAAUGGUAGAACCGCUGCAGAAUCUUCAUACACAACUAAUUCACGUUCAAGAAGUAGUUUUAUCAGGUGUGCAAGAAGAUUCAAUUUCACUUGAUAUUGACUCUGCAGAAUCUAUAGUUCAAACUAUAUCUGAUGUUCACAAAAAAAUAUCAGCAAAACUAGAACUCGAAACUGUUAAUGUUUCUGAUAAGGAUGUUGCUUUAAUUUUUGAGGUGGAUAAGGAUUUACAUGCCAUACAAGAUAGUAUUAAGGCGUUAAAAAAUCAACCUGCAGCGCAGGACAUCAACGACGUAACAAAGCAAAUACAAGAUGUAGAAAAAUCUUUACAUGUUUUAGUUGCAUCAGAAAAUGUAAUUACAGAUGUGAAAGAUAAAAUACCUAAAGGAAGUACAGAACAGCUCGUUCAACAUAUCAAUCAAUAUAUAGAGUUAAUUGAAAUAGUCGAAGAAAUUUCUGCUGUUAUUAAAAUUGAAGACUUGAAGGAGACGAUCGAAAUGGCAAAAGAUCUACGUGAGACUUUUGUGACCUCAGAUAUGAUCAACGACGAAGUUGCUGAAUCUAUAAAGGAAGAAAUUUUGAUCGAACAAGCACGGCUAGCACAUAAACUGCAAAAGGCUGUAUCAGCUUUACAAGUACAAGUGUUUGAUAGUGCCCAAGAAAUGGUACCAGAAUUAAGCACAGAAAUCUUUCAAAGAGUAGCAAGAGUAACAGCCCAGCUACAAGCAGACUUAAUGGCUGUGACUGGCGUACAUAUUACUAUACAAGCUCCGCCCUAUGUGCUCGAUGAAGUUGCUAAAUCGUUGGAAACCAUAAGCACAGAGAAUAGACUAGUACCUGAGUCAGCUCAAGGCGAUAAAUUGGUUUCUAUUGUUGAAAACGUGAAUAUGUUUGAAAAUACGGCAGACCCACCAAUCCAACCCAAACCAAAAGAAUUAAGUAAAGUAACUGUUGAACCUGAAGAAGUUAACAUAACACAAUUAUUAGAAGAUGUAUCUUCUAAUGAGGGUGUUAUAAAUGAAAAUUUAGUAACUGUCACCCAAGAAGUGGCAGUAGCACAGAUGGAAACAAAUAUGGAUAUCGCUGGAGUAAGUAAAAAAACCCAGGAUGGUCUUAUAAAAGAUGAUAUAAAAUCAUUUAGCAUAUCAGAAGAAGCCCAAUUAAUUUUUGAACAAGGGCCUCCUGAAGUUUAUAACGUGUUAAAUGCAGAGGAGUUAGCAUCUAAUCAAACAUUCUCAGCAGACUCAGCGUCAACUAAUAUGCCUGAUAAUGAGUUGGAUAUUGUGGAACCAGUUCUAGUUUGUUCUGUGCCCGCUAGUUCUUUGGAUGAUUUAGAAGGAUCUGUAAAUCCUAAGACUGGUUUAGUAACUGAUGAAAAAAUAGACUUACAGAAAGUUGAUGUCACUAUAGUAAUGCCGGAGAUCGCUCAAUUAGAUAAAUGUCAACCGUUCUAUGCGAAGCUAGUAGAGCAUUUGGACGAAUAUGUUAAUGAAAAUAUUAUCGAAAUAGUUGAUGAAUUUUCUUGUUCAGCUAAUUUACAUGAACUGAUGCAAUCUGUGGAUUUAGCUAAACAGCUACAAAAAAGUAUAAGAAUAUCAGAGUCGGUAAUCAAGCCCAAAAUUGAAACAGAGCCAAACCCAGAAAGUCCAGUAUAUUUGGCAUCACAACUAAAAAUGGCCCUUUUAGUUCUUUACAAUCAAGAACUUGAGAGUUUAGAAGUAAUGGCUCCUCACCUAACCAAAGAUAAAUUGAAGGCUAUAUCUGAAAUAGUUCAUAAUUUGUGUGAUGAUUUAACACAAGUGAUGGAAGCUAUACAAUCUAAUCAAAACACAUCUGAAAGUUCUGUUAAAGAGUCUGUACAAAAAGCUAAUGUUGUAGAGCAAGACUUAAAUGCACCUGAAGAAAUUAAUAAGAUCUUCGAAACUAAAACACCAUUACAAGAAGUUGAAACAGCACAAAACAUUGUUUCGUUAGAAAAAACCUCUACAGAUUUAUUAUCAGAAGAAAAACACGAAACAAUCGACACUGCAGAAAUAAAGUCUUUAGUAGGAAAAAUUACAGAUAAUUUGUUUUUAAUCGAAGCAGCUCAGUCUAUUGAGAUAAAAGAAGAUUUUUGUGAUGUCAAAUCAACAGAUCUACAAGUAACCGAUAGUGUAACUGAAGUAUUGGAGUCAUCUGAUGUUGGAGUAAUAGAAAAUGUAUCUAGUAACAUCAGCUGUGACACUAUUGAUCUUCCCUUAAAUGAAGACGAUUAUUCAAUUCAAACGGCACAUAGCACAGAAGUUGAGCCUGAACGUCUAGACAGUAGUGUUAUUUUAGGUGGCACAUCGCUAAAGCAGGUACCUGAUGUUAUGAAUUUGGAAAUGGAAGAAAAAGAAGCAUUUGAAACAUUAGCGGGAACUACACAUGAGACUACAGAAAAUUUGAUGGGAGAAAAUGUUUGCCCUAUUAAGAAUGAUGAAGUGAAUAUCGAAAUAAUUGAUACUUUAAUCUCAAAAGAGGACAGAGCCAAUUUUGAACACCUUAAAAAAAAUCAGCUUACAUCUUUAGAGUCAGAUGACGUGCCAACGAAUAUAAACUUAUUAGUAGAUGAUUCGUUGUUGGAAAUAGAUAAAGCUGUAAAAAGCACUGAAGCGCUAAAAAACAUUCCUCAAAGAGACCUAGCUGAAAAUGAACAACAACUAGGGGAAGAUACAACUGGAUCGAAACAAAAAGUUGUAGAACUACAAGAUACUAUCGAUGACGUUAGCCAAGACAUGAUUGUGGAACAUUUGCCAACCAGUGAAGUAAAACUGUUAGAAGGACAACUAUUAGGUGCUGAAGAAAAUACGUUAUCAGAAGUUUUGAAAUCAUCAUUAGUCACAGUCCAAAAAACCACAGAAACGCCAAUGGAUGACACAUCCGUUGACCUCGUCAAAAUCGCUGGCGAACCUGAAAUAAAAUCAAAGCUUGUAGAAGAAUUACAAACUGUUGCCGAUAGUAAAAGCCAAAAGAUGAUUGAAGAGAGCACCACGAGAGAAACAGUUGAGUCACCUUUGAUUACUACCGGUAAAACUACUGAGACGCCAAAUGACACAACUUCUAUGAACGUCGGAGAAACUGAAAAACAAAGAAAAGAAUCUAUAACUGAAUUAAAUCAAAUGUCAUCAGACUUUACAAAAUCACAGGGCAUUGUCAGUGACGUAAGCCAAGAAAUACUGGUAGAACAUUUAAUAAGCGAUGAAAUCAAAUUUACAAAAGAGCAACAAUUGGCUAAAGAAGAUUUAACAGCAGAAGUCAAUUUACCACUUGUGACAGGUCUUGAAACUAUACAAACACUAAAUUCCAACCUCGAAAACGAGAUGUGCGAAUCUUUAAAAAUAGAACAAGCAGUAUCCGCAGAAACGACGGAAUCAACUGUAGAAUCACAAAUAGUAGCCAGUGAAGUAAUUCCAGAACUAGUAUCGGAACAAUUAAAAAAAGACCAAGCUGAAAGUUCUAAUUCUCAAACUGCUGAAAACAUAGUUCGAGAAACUGUUGUGAUAUCGGAAACCACAGCAUUAGAAACCUUAGGACUACCGUUAGAACGUUCUGGCAAUGAUGGUGGUCUAGUAGAACUUUUAUCCAUUGAAACGAAGCAAAUAAUUGUAGAACCACGAGCAGCUAUUUAUGAAGUAGUUGAUGAACAGCAAGUAGUACCUUCUGGGCAGCAACCAGUUGAAGCUAUAGACUCUAUGAAAAAGGAACCUCUGGAUGCCAUGGAAAUCCCACUAACUGGAGCUGCUACUUCAUUUCUAGUUACAAAAAAUGAAACCACAGAAGCAAAGAGUGACAAUGCUGCCGAAAUCACAAAAGUUGAAGACGAAAUUGCAGCUGAAGUAGAAAAAGAAAUGGUACCAAAGGUUAUAUGUGAAACAACUCAAGAUAUGGCAAAAAAACAAAUAGAGGUUGAAGAGGUUGUGGAUGUAAAGUUACUACCCUCAACUAUUGAUGAAAUAAUAUACAACAAUGUCGUUGAGUCAUUGAUAGGUACACCAUUGAAAACUAUAUCUAGCACAUUAGCUGAAAAUAUUACUAGCGACGUAAAUAGCACUGUUACAAACCAAGCAAAACUAUUAAAAACUGAACAAGUGACAAUUGAGAUGCAACUAACUGAAAAUGUAAAAUGUGAGGAAUUAUGCUCAAAACAAUUAAACAACGACCAACUAGAGCAUUUAAGUACACAACCUUUAGUUGUUGAAAAUAUUCCGCAAACGAUAGCUGUUGAAUCAUUGACAGUCGCAACAAUUGAUUGUACAGAAAACUUGGCAAGCGAUGUUAAUGACGUCAAAGAAUUCGAAGCAGCAUCUUCGAUUGAAUUGAAUCAAGAAACCAUGCAAUCACAAGGCAUUGUGUGUGAAAUAAUCGAAGAAAACCUUGAUAAACAGAUAACAAGUGGUGAAGACAGUUCUUUAGAGACGUUCAAAUAUUUUCAGAGUACUGACGCUCCUGUUAGAGAAGCAGUUGAAUCAACAGUCGUUUCGGCUAUAGAAACGACUUGUGAGUUGGACGAAAACGUUCAGAACGACAUUGUUGAAACUGUUAAUAUAGAAGAAGAAUCUUCAACUAAAGAAAGACAAGUAAUCAUGGAAUUACAAGGUGUAGUACCUGAAAUCAGUGACGAACUUUGUACGGAACAGUUAACUAUUGAUGAAACUCCUGAGUCGUCACUUAAAACGGUACUUGAAUCUUUCGAAAUAUUGAAGGAUGGGAAUAACAGCGACGUUUUAGAAGACAAGUGCCAAGCUGUAAUCUGUGAAAUAACGGAAGAGACGGUUGUCGAACAACUUAACGAAUAUCAAGCUCCCGAUUUAGAACUAAAAUCUGCAGCUGCUGAAAAUGUACCAACAGAAGCAACUAAUUCACUGGUGGUCACAGUGUUAGAAACCACAGAAAUAUUAACUGGAGAUAUUAGCAAUGAUGCCUCUGAUUCUCUAAGAAUUAAAAAUAUUCCUUCAAUGUCAAAUCUCGAAAUCGAGAGUGCCUUUGAGACUGAUUUAAAGCAAAACCAAGUUAAAGAAAAUUUUGCAGCAGAAAAUGUUGUUUUGUCAGAACAACAAGCCCAAAUCACCGCUGUAGAAGAAACGUUAAACAUUACUGACAAUGUAAUGUCAAAUAUUCAUACUGAUGAUGCUACAAAACCAAGUGCGCUUAUUGCGUGUGAAGAACAAUACCAUGUUCAAAUAACCGAACCUGUAGUAGUAGAUAAAACGGAACCUAUUGAGGAGCUUGGAAAUAGAAUAGAAGCGAUUUCUCCUGAAGACACCGGGAAUGCAGUUAAUUUAAUGGAAUCAUUCGACAAUGCAGAAGUUGUGGAAAUUGUCUCAGUCGAAGCUGUUUCUGAAAAUGCAAUGGUACCGUAUUUCGAAUUGGAGAGUGCAGAUAUUUUAUCAAGCCCACAUGUUUUGGACAACGUCGAAGAUAAGCUUGCGAGUGCUUCAGAUAUAAAUGAAACACUAAAACACCACAUCAAUCGAUACCUGAGUGAUAGCAUAGUAAAAGCAACACAGGAAUUAUUUUCAGUUUUCAAUGUAAACAAAUUAAACCAAUCAAUAAAUAUGGCAAAAUGCUAUUCUGAGUCUGUAGUUGUAGGUGGGAAUUCUGUUUUACCUACAAGUGAAUAUUUUGUAAAUUUACUGCAUCAUUUAGACUCUGCCAUGAGAGAAUCUCUGCAUGAAAUUCUUGAAAAUAAAGAUAAAAUCCCAUUGGCCGAGAAUGAAAUUUUAACUAAUAUAACCGACAUACAAAAUCUUAUUAUUCAAGAUAUAUCAUUGUUGAUACCUGCAUUAAGUAUGGCACGUGUAGCCCACCAUGAUUUAGAUAUAGGACAGUCUACUCAUUCAGAUGAAGAAUUAAAUCUGAAAGUAGACUCCAGGAAGGAAGUUGAGUACGAAAACCCUUCGUUCUUAGGAUUAGCUGUUCAAGACUUCAAACCGACUCUCUCAAGUAAUCUUGGGGAAAACAAUACUACAGUCAAUUCAUUAGAAAACGAUGCAUACGUGAAGGUUUUGGCCAAAAAUAUUCAGGUAGAAAAUGUUGUGGAAAAAGAAACCAAGAUAGAAGGUAAAAAUGAUUCUCAAAAUGUAUCGGAAGUAGAGAUUAGUAAAUUUGUGGAAGCUUACGAAGGAGAAGUCAUAAGAUGUAAUGAAAAAGAAAAAGAAAUAGAAGAUCAUUUUCAGUCGAGUUCCACAGAAAAAAUAAAAUCUACACAAGAAAAUUCUGUCAUAAAUCUAGAACAAACACCGGUACAAGUUUUGGAAAUAAAUACUACAAAUGGUGUAGAAGGUGAACUUAAUCACGAAACAAAUUUAUCAGGAACAUGUCUUGACACUUCAGAAAAUGGAAUUGACCUUAUUCAAAGAAAUUUAUUUUCGGAAAAGGUCAUAGAAGACUUUGAAAAGUCGUCACCCGAACGAGAUAAAUUUAAUAGUGAAAUGUUAAAUACCCAUGUUAUAGAAGUGAUAGCGUUGGAAGAACUCGAAUUAUGCUAUGAAAUUAAUAAUUUGAAAACUAAAUAUCCUGAAUAUUCUGAAGAAACAUCUACACUAAAAGAAGUAAAUACCAACCCUAGGGAAAUGAAUCAUUCCGAUGAACAUAAUGUAGCUCCAGACUGUAAAUCAUCCACUAAAAAAGAUCAAUUUCCCAACUUAAUAGAAGCAAAAAUAGAAACAGUACCAGUGCCAGUUCUGAAACAUUUUUUAACAUCACAUUUGACAGUCUUUCACGAGCUUGCGAACCUAGAUAGUGAUUUAGAGCAAAAAAAUUCUGAAAAAAUAGCUAUGAUAAAUGAACCGCAAUUUGUAAUUUUUCAGAAUGCUAUUAUUAACGAUAAUAUUAUGAAAAAAUCAAAUGCAACGGAAAAACUUGUAGAUCAAUUGAGUGAAAAAGUGCAAUGUCGAAAUGUUGUUGUAAAUGAAAAUGAAAUUGUAAUUUUUAAUAAAAAUGACUCGAAACCUACAACAGAGAUAAUUGGGGAGCUUACUAAUGGACAUACUGAAAAAAUAGAUAAUAACAAGGAUAUAAACGUCGAAUGUCCUAAAGAAGUGACAGCUAGUGAGGAGACUGAACUGCACAAAGAUCUUUCUUUAUUAGAUCCACAGGAGGUUGUAGCGCCUGUUCCUCAAAUUAUCCAAGUAAUUGAAAAUGCGGAACCAUUUGAUGAGGUAGUUAGAAUAAGUAAAGAAGAAGAAUUCAAAAGAGGAAAUGAAGAUUUGUCUAAAGAACUUUGUACAGAAGGUCUGAGCGAAGAGAUUGAGGUUAUUGAAAAAGAUAAAUAUAAUGAAACGUUAGAAUUGGAAAAACACGCCUCGACUAAUUUACUUAUACCCAAUUUUAGUAGCAAUACUGAUAAUUUUACGCUAGAAAAACCAACCAACCAACAAGAUGAAAAAACUUUGGUUCAAACGAACAAUAAAACGAUAAUAUCAGAAGGACAAUCUUUGGAAAAUACUCAGAAUACGGUUGCAUUUAAUACCGAUCAAAGUUUUCUUAUAGUACACCUGGAGCAAUUUAUCUUUGAUGAAGUAUCCGAUGUGGUUCAGCAAAUAUUAGAUUUAACGAACGUUGAAGAACUAAAAGAAAUUCUACAUACGGCAAAAGAAUUACAUGAAUGUUUAGUUAAGUCAGAGAAUGCUCUUGCUGCAGAAUCUGUACCACUCCAAAAUGUAAAAACACACAAGUCACUUCUUCAAAAAAAAUUGCAAGGAGGUCUUUGUAUUUUGCACAAUGUAACUUUGGAACGCGCCCAAAGGCUAACUUCAGAAAUCAAAUCUGACAAUUUGCAGAAACUCUCAGAAGUGAUAACACAUCUUCAAAAAGACUUAGAAGCUUUUUCCUCAGAAGUUGGAUCAGAGGAUGUUUCAGAGAAUGUGCGAACAUCAGAAACGGAUUCGAUGAAAAGACUCAAAAACUUGUUGCAAGACGUCAGUGAUGAAACAAAUGUUUUACUUUCUGAAAAAAGUCAUGAAAACAAUGAGAAACUUAGAGAUACCUUAGACGAAGUACAGACAGUCAUCAUUAAGCUCAAACGUGACUAUGAUUGUUCUGCAGUUGACACCCUCAAUGAAACUCUUGAGGAUUUAGAGUGCAGUGUGAGAAGUGUCCAACUUCAGAUCAAUGAAGAAAGCCCUCCUGAACUUUUGCAGGAAGCGUGUGCGACCUUAAACUUACUUGUUAAUAAUAUGAAUGAAUCUAAAGUUAGUCUCUUAAACGAAAGCUCCACGAUAAAAGAGAUCAAAGAUCAUCAAAUACUAAAAAAAUGUUCCGAAGACGUUAGUCAAACAGUCGAGCUUUUGGAAGAUGUGUCCACCAUCAAGGCCCCAGAAAAAGGUAAUCUUCAUAAGAUUGUAUCAGAACUGGGAAAGCUCAAAGAUAAAAUUAAAGUACUUAGAAUAACAUUUUUGAUUGAUGCAGAAACGUUGGUUGAACGUGGUAUAGAUGCCUUACGGAGUCUUGAUGAAGUUGAGGAAAAAGUAUUUACAUUAGAAAAAGAUAUCGAAAGCGAAAUUAAUAUACCUACUGAUAUCCGUGAAAAUAUUUUGACUGCCGUACAUUCCGUCUAUGGAAGUAUUUCUAAUAUGAGAGGAACUAUUUCUAGUAUACAAAAACAGUACAUGUUUGAAAAUUAUGGUAAACCGACCGAUAACCUUUUAAAGUCAAUAAAGAAUACAAGAAUUAUAAGUGAAAUUGAUUCUGAAGAUAAUCUAACAAAAUGGAAAAGAUUUUCUAAAACUUUACGUAAUGUUCUGAACCAUUUCGAGGAUAUCAAAUUUUAUAUAAGCCUUGAUAAGACUGCUAGACUACCUAGUGAUGCUGCUUUUACGAAAAUCAUAUUGGAAGAUUUGAAAAAUAAUAUAAACGAGAUAAUAAUUGAUCAUGAGAAGUUGGCAUCUUGUAACAAUAAAGAAAAGAUGUCGGGAGCUCUGGAUAUUGUUACUAAAUAUUUAAAAAAAAUUGAAAUUCAAACAAGUCUUGAAGUAAAAGAAAAGAUCCCAAUGUUCUGUGAAAUAGCACCUCAAGUUUUACAGGCUACAGAACUGGUGCUAGCUAAAUUUACAAAAUGUAUCGAUCAGGAAUCUAAUGAAGUUGAAAUUAAGGAUAAUACAUUACAAUUGAAGAAUGACCAAACGGUACGAAAUAUGUCCGUAUCGAAAGAGGACGAAUUUUUCACAGAAGCUAUAGAAAUGGAAACCAUUACAGAACAAAAACAAACAGACCAAACAAAUGAGUUGGUAAAGGAAAAUAUUCAGGAAACGUCUCAAACCGAUUCAAAAGAUUUGGACGUGACGAUUGAAAAGUUUGGUAAUGAGGAAGUUGGUGCAAAAGAUCGUAAGAAAUCUUUCAGUUUAACUGCUUUAGACGAACAAAGUGAGGAGCAAUUUCCUAAACUCGAUAAAUCUAGUGAUAAAAAUCAAAAUCAGGAAGCAACUACCUCCUAUGCUGAUAUGACAGAAAUUAAGAAACAGAAGGCUAAACCUACUGAUGAGGAGAUACAAAACGAAGAUGGUCAUUACCUGAUUAAGGAGAAUAAAAAACAAAACAAGGCGGAUACAGAAAUCGGAAAAGUAGAAAAACAGAAUAAACAGGAGGUUGACUUUGUUAAGGACCAAAUAGAAAUGGAACUAAAUGAAAAAAAUGCUUCUGAGAUUGAAGAAAAAACUGAGACCACUAUCUUACCGGUGAAACUUGAACAAGAGCAAGUCGACGAAAGAGAGCUUGCAAAUAAAGAAGAAGAAAAUCGAAAACUAGAAGUAUCCACUGCCAGGAAAAAGGCAGAGGCUGAUAGUAAAAAGAUUCAAGAAGAGCAAGGAAAUAAAAGCAAUGAAGAGAACAGUUAUACAGCUAAGGAGAAAACAAAACAGGACCAAAAAAUAACAGAGUUCAAAGAAGAAGAAAAACAGGAAAUACCAGAGGUUGCAGAUGACGACAAACCAAACGCAGAAAACAUUUUCCUAGUCAAAGGAACGAUAAAGGAUGAUAACAAUAAAACAGAAUUAGGAGAAGAUCAACAAAAAGGAGAAACAGCUCAUCUUAUUAAGGAGAAAGCAAAAGCAGACAAGAAAAGAGCAGAACUUGAAGACGAAGAAAAACCUGGUGAAGAGGUAUCUCUUCUUGCCAAGGAGAAAGAGGAAGCAGACAAGAAAAAAGCAGAGUUGGACGAACAAGAAAAACGGAGUGAAGAGGAAGCUCGUCUGGCCAAGGAAAAGGCGGAAGCAGACAAGAAGAGAUUAGAGCUGGCAGAACAAGAAAAACGUACUGAAGUAGAGUCUCGUCUUACCAAGGACAAGUCGGAAGCAGACAAGAAACAAGUAGAGUUGGAAGAACAAAAGAAAGGUAGUGAAGAGGAAUCUCUGCUUGCCAAGGAGAAGGCGAAAGCAGACGAGAAAAGAGUAGAGCUGGAAAAACUAGAGAUACCUAAUGAAGAGGAAUCUCCUCUUGCCAACGAGAAGGCAGAAGUAGAGAAGAAAAGAGCCGAGCUGGAAGAACAAGAAAAACGUAGUGAAGAAGAAUAUCGACUUGCGAAGGAGAAGGCGGAAGCUGGCAAAAAGAAAUUAGAGCUGGAAGAACAAGAGAAAUCAAAAGAGGAAGAAUCUCUUCGUGCCAACGAGAAGGUAGAAGCAGACAAGAAAAGAGAAGAACUCGACCUCGAAGAAAAACGCAAGGAAGAGGAAGCUCAUCUGGCCACGGAAAAGACAGAAGAAGACAAGAAAAAAGCAAAACUUGAAAAAACAAAGAAGAAAAAAGGAGAACAAUCUCGUCUAGCUAAAGAAAAGGUGGAAACAGACCAGAAAAGAACAGAGGUCGAAGAUGAAGAAAAACGUAUAGAAGAAAAAGCUUGCUUUGUGAAGGAAAAGGCGGAAGCAGACAAGAGCUUAGAGCUGGAAGUACAAAAAAAACGUAGUGAAGAAGAGUCUCGUCUUACCAAGGAAAAGUCGGAAGCGGACAAGAAACAAGUAGAGUUGGAAGAACAAAAGAAAGGUAGUGAAGAGGAAUCUCUGCUUACCACGAAGAAGGCGGAAGCAGACGAGAAAAGAGUAGAGUUGGAAAAACAAGAAAAACUUAGUGAAGAGGAAGCUCGUCUGGCUAAGGAGAAGGUGGAAGCAGACAAGAAGAGAUUAGAACUGGAAGAACAAGAAAAACGUAGUGAAGAAGAAUCUCGUCUUGCCAAGGAAAAGGCGGAAGCAGACAAGAAACGAGUAGAGUUGGAAAAACAAGAAAAACUUAUUGAAGAGGAAGCUCGUCUGGCCAAGGAGAAGGCGGAAGCAAACAAAAAGAGAUUAGAGCAGGAAGAACAAGAAAAACGUAGUGAAGAAGAAUCUCGUCUUGCCAAGGAAAAGGCGGAAGCAGACAAGAAACGAGUAGAGUUGGAAAAACAAGAAAAACUUAUUGAAGAGGAAGCUCGUCUGGCCAAGGAGAAAGCGGAAGCAGACAAAAAGAGGUUAGAGCUGGAAGAACAAGAAAAACGUAGUGAAGAAGAAUCUCGUCUUGCCAAGGAAAAGGCGGAAGCAGACAAGAAACGAGUAGAGUUGGAAAAACAAGAAAAACUUAUUGAAGAGGAAGCUCGUCUGGCCAAGGAGAAAGCGGGAGCAGACAAAAAGAGGUUAGAGCUGGAAGAACAAGAAAAACGUAAUGAAGAGGAAGCUCGUCUGGCCAAGGAGAAGGCGGAAGCAGACAAGAAGAGAUUAGAACUGGAAGAACAAGAAAAACGUAGUGAAGAAGAAUCUCGUCUUGCCAAGGAAAAGGCGGAAGCAGACAAGAAACGAGUAGAGUUGGAAAAACAAGAAAAACUUAUUGAAGAGGAAGCUCGUCUGGCCAAGGAGAAGGCGGAAGCAGACAAAAAGAAAUUAGAGCUGGAAGAACAAGAAAAACGUAGUGAAGAAGAAUCUCGUCUUGCCAAGGAAAAGGCGGAAGCAGACAAGAAACGAGUAAAGUUGGAAGAACAAGAAAAAAGGAGUAAAGAGGAAGCUCGGCUGGCCAAGGAAAAGGCGGAAGCAGAUAAGAAAAGAUUAGAGCUGGAAGAACAAGAAAAAAGUAAAGAAGAGGAACUUCGUCUCGCCAAGGAGAAGGCGAAAGCAGACAAGAAAAAAGCAAAUCUUGAGAAAACAAAGAAGAAAAAAGGAGAACAAACUCCUCUGGCUAAAAAAAAGGUGGAAACAGACCCGAAAAGAACAGAGGUCGAAGAUGAAGAAAAACGUACAGAAGAAGAAGCUCGCCUUGCGAAGGAAAAGACGAUAGCAGACAAGAAGAGAUUAGAGCUGGAAGAACAAGAAAAACGUAAUGAAGAGGAAUCUCGUCUUGCCAAGGAAAAGGCGGAAGCAGAUAAGAAAAGAGUAGUGUUGGAAGAACAAGAAAAACGUAAUGAAGAGGAAGCUCGUCUGGCCAAGGAAAAGGCGGAAGCAGACAAAAAGACAUUAGAGCUGGAAGAACAAGAAAAACGUAGUGAAGAAGAAUCUCGUCUUGCCAAGGAAAAGGCGGAAACAGACAAGAAACGAGUAGAGUCGGAAGAACAAGAAAAACGGAGUGAAGAGGAAGCUCGUCUGGCCAAGGAGAAGGCGGAAGCAGACAAAAAGAGAUUAGAGCAGGAAGAACAAGAAAAACGUAGUGAAGAAGAAUCUCGUCUUGCCAAGGAAAAGGCGGAAGCAGACAAGAAACGAGUAGAGUCGGAAGAACAAGAAAAACGGAGUGAAGAGGAAGCUCGGCUGGCCAAAAAAAAGGCGGAAGCAGAUAAGGAGAGAAUAGAGCUGGAAGAACAAGAAAAACGUAGUGAAGAGGAAUCUCGUCUGGCCAACGAGAAGGCGAAAGCAGACAAGAAGCGAUUAGAGCUGGAAGAACAAGAAAAACGUAAUGAAGAGGAAGCUCGUCUGGCCAAGGAGAAGGCGGAAGCAGAUAAAAAGAGAUUAGAGCUGGAAGAACAAGAAAAACGUAGUGAAGAGGAAUCUCGUCUGGCCAAGGAGAAGGCGAAAGCAGACAAGAAGAGAUUAGAGCUCGAAGAACUUGAAAAACGUAAUGAAGAGGAAGCUCGUCUUGCCAAAGAAAAGGCGGAAACAGACAAGAAACGAGUAGAGUUGGAAGAACAAGAAAAACGGAGUGAGGAGGAAGCUCGGCUGGCCAAGGAAAGGGCGGAAGCAGAUAAGAUGAGAUUAGAGCUGGAAGAACAAGAAAAAAGUAAAGAAGAGGAAGUUCGUCUCGCCAAGGAGAAGGCGAAAGCAGACAAGAAAAAAGCAAAUCUUGAGAAAACAAAGAAGAAAAAAGGAGAACAAACUCCUCUGGCUAAAGAAAAGGUGGAAACAGACCAGAAAAGAACAGAGGUCGAAGAUGAAGAAAAACGUAAAGAAGAGGAAUCUCGUCUUUCCAGAGGAAAAGCAGAAAUAGGAAAGAAAAAAGCAGAGCUCGAAGAGGAAGUAAAACGUACAGAUGAAGAAGCUCUUAUAGCCAAAGCAAGAACAGAAGAGGACCAGAAAAAACCAAGAGCAGACAAAAUAAAGGUUGGAAAAGACGACGAAGCUCAGCUAGCUAAAGAGAAUGUAGAAGCAGAUAAAAAAAGACGGAAAAGUGGAUUUGAAGACAAAUACAGGGGACAGGAAGCCGGUAACGCUAAGGAGAAAGCAGAAGCUGAUAAGAGUAAAGCAGAGGUCAAAGAUGGAGAAAAAUACAAAGAAGAGGAAGCUCCACUUGCUAACCAGAAGGCAGAAAUGGACGAGAAAGAGAAUAAAACAGAUAACGAAAUAAAAGGCAGCGAGAAUGUGGGUCAACAAAUUAAGGAAAAUUAUGAAAUGGACAAGGAAAAAACAAAAAUUGGAAUGGUUACUAAGAGGAAUGAUGAUAAAGCUUAUAUUUCUAUAGAAAAUAUGGAAGCAGCAAGAAAGUCAGAACUAGGAGAAAAAAUACAAAGUCAUCUUGGAUAUGAGAAAGUUCGUAAAGUAGAGUCAAAAGAACAAAUUGAAAAUGAUGAAACUCGAUUUAAACUUAGCAUUGACAACCAAGACAAUUCGGUACUGGAUUAUGAUAAUGUUAUGUACCAGGAGAGCAAAUAUGGAGCUAUCAAGAAAAAUGCUCACAAAACUGAUAGAAAUGGCGAUGUCAAAAGAAAAUACGAAGCAAGCUAUAAUCAAGAAAAAAAUUCAUCUCGUUUCAAUGAUAACGAACAUUACAUUAAGGAAUAUCAAUAUGAGCCUGGACCAUCUCAUACUAAAACUAACGAUUGGGAUAAACAUAGAUUCGUCGAUCACAGUCACAGGGAUUUCUCUAUGGAGUUUGCGAAACCAUCUAAAUAUCGUGAAAGGUCUUUCGAAAAUCGUUAUUGUGUCGACAAAGAUUAUUCGAGUUUGAAUAAAAAUGCAACAAUUUAUAAGGCGCAAACUAUUAACCUUGAUGCUCAAUUAAGAUCUUCAGUGCCACCACUACCCCUUGAGUCUAGUAGAAGUAGUGAACCAACAGAAAGACGUCCAGAUAUGCGCCAUAGAUCUAAAGCUUUCAGUGAGGCCAGGAGUGUGAUUUCUGAAAAGCGUACUCUCUCGCGAAAUUCUACGAGAAAACCUGUAUUUUCUACCUUCCUAACUGACAGAACAGCGGUGGAAGGCUCUCGAGUAAAACUAACUUGCAGCGUCAUUUCAUCAUCUGAUCCGACAGUGACAUGGUACAGGAAUGGAGUACUUUUGGAUAACAAACUAAAAUACAGAAAGAAAUUAGUUGAUGGGUUGAUAACUUUGGAAGUUCUGAAUGCUGUUCCCAGCGACUCGGCAGAGUACAGUUGUACUGUUGAAAAUGAAAAUGGAGCCAUCUCUACAUCUGCCAAUUUAAAGGUGUAUCCAAGUUUUGAAGCAUCUCCCAUUCCACCUACGUUUACACGAUCCAUUCGUGAUACUUUUCAUCUUGCGGAAAACGAAUUAGUACUGGAGUGUCGAAUUCGAGGUCAACCUCUCCCAAAAAUAACGUGGUUUAAAGACGAUAAACAAAUACCUUCUGACGGACGUUAUCAAGCUUUCUAUCUCGCUGAUGGCGUGUGCAGACUCGCAAUAGAUAAUCCAACUCCUGAAGAUAGCGGAACAUAUACGUGCAAAGCUGAGAAUUCGGUGUGGACUGAUCAAAUAACACAUUUUGUCAACUUUACCGGAAGGGAAAGUCAAGUAAGUCCUAAUGUGGUAACAGCUGAAAAAACUAGAAUUGCACGUCAAUCGCUAGAGUCGCGACGUCCUCAUUUCGGCAACGUUUUGACGGACUAUCAAGUAGCUAGAGGAGGUACUAUUGGGCUGCAAGUUGAAAUACGUGGGUGCCCGACCCGAGUGGAAUGGCUUAGAGAAGGUAGAUCCGUGACCGAAGUAUACAGGAACGCUAGAGCUUUUGUUGAACAAGGGCUUUAUACAUUGGCUCUCUCUGACGUCACUGAAACAGAAUCAGGCUUAUACACGUGUAGAGCCUGGAGCGCUCACGGGAACGUGGACAUGAAUGCGGCUAUAACAGUCGUUCAGCCGAGCGACCUUGAUGGCAAACCAGCUGUUAUUGUUGGUAGACCAGAAAAAGACAUUCUCAUAUCUGUAGGUGAAGACAUUAACAUUUCCUUCAGAACGCAAGGCGAACCUAAGCCAAAAGUGAUAUUUAUGAAGGGAAUAAGGGAUAUAACUAACAGUCAACGUGUCUGUAAAAUGACUUCGGACGACUACGUAAAGUUCACUCUAAAAAGGUCUGUUGUGUCGGAUGCUGGCACUUAUUGCAUUUUGGUCAGAAAUGCAUAUGGAUGUGACAGAGCUUUCGUUACUGUUGUGGUGAGACAACGGGCCUCUUCUGAACAUUUAAUUUCCGACUGGACUUACCCACUCGAUGAUUCCGCAUUGUCUAUUGCCGAUCGCAAGUAUAAAUCUGUGCCCGAGCGCAUCCCGGGAGAGCCGUGCGUCGUCGACGGAGGAAACAACUGGGUGUCUCUCGCUUGGCCCAAGCCCGACCCCCAGACAACAGCUCCAGUGUUAGCGUACAAAGUAGAGAGUUGGUUGAUCGGCGCGGAAGGAGGAGCGCGUUGGGUUGAACUUGGCAUCACACCACUGAACUCAUUCGACGCAUUUAACUUAAAACAAGGCGAAGAAUACCACUUCAGAGUGACUCCGAGAAAUCGUUACGGUUGGGGUGAAUCUUCGCAGACCUCUUCAUCGAUCGGCGUCGGUCUGGCCGGGGACAGACCGGAGUUCGUUGACAUACUGCCUGGGCAGCUAAAGAUUUUGGCAGGAGAAACGGCGAACUUGACCUGUAGCGUGAAAGGCAAGCCGGUGCCAGGUGUGGUGUGGAUGAAGAACGGUCAUGAGGUCGAGGAGGAAGCCGGACGAAUGACGUCACAAUUCAACGGAUUCGAUUGUUGCCUCACCAUUAAAGAUAUUAACAUCGACGAUGAGGGUCGGUAUAGCUGUGAGGCGACUAACACACACGGCAAGGCUUCUACUUACGCAAGGUUGGCGGUCGUCACCGACAGAACUGUCUGGGAAGCAGAUGCGAAACUCAAAAGAGAGAGAUCUGCUGAAGUAGAAGGAGAUUACCCACCGCAGUUCACGAUGCGUUUGAGAGACCGUAGAGUGCAAGCAACGUAUCCAGUGCGACUCACUUGCCAAGUCAUAGGCAGUCCACCACCCAAAGUCUCCUGGUACAAAGAUGGAGAGGAAGUGGUGUACGACAAACGCCGCAAUAAAUACCAAGACGAGCAGUUCCACACGCUCGAGAUUGCACCGACGAACCUCGAUGACGGGGGCGUGUACGAAGUGACGGCUAGGAACAACAGUGGAGCUGUCAGCUGUCAUUGUGGACUAGUCGUGGACAAGGGCAUCAGAGCGUACGUGGCUCCCGAGUUCUGUUGCGGCUUGGAGCCGUUGUACAAGCUACACGAAGGCGAUGAACUCCGAAUCUCAGCUGUAGUAGAGGCAUACCCCUCGGUGGGUGUUACCUGGUAUCGUGACGGAGUACGUCUGAGACCCAGUAGACGAGCAAUCAUGACCUUGGACAGAGACGGACAGAUAGAACUGGCUUUAGCAGCCGUGACCCCGAGAGACGCUGGAGUCUACACGUGUACCGCGUCCAAUGAGGUCGGCAGAGCUUCGACUUCUGGGAAGGUUGAAGUUAUUGGGACAGAUCAGACGUCCGAACAAAGAAGACCUCCUGUCGUUAUCAGCCCUGAUGUGCCAUAUUCAAAAGAACCAAUGUUCAUCCGGAAGCCGAGAUCCAGUGAGGCUCGCGAGGGUGACACGGUCAUCAUUGAGUGCGAAGUGGUUGGAGAUCCGAAGCCCGACGUGUAUUGGCUCAGGGACUUCUUGAAACCGGAUUACUACCGUGACGCGACUCAUUUCAAACGCGUCGGAGAAGGGCCGGAGUACAGAUUUGAGAUACCUCACGCGAAAUUGAACUAUACCGGAGCCUACUCUGUGGUGGCGAGAAACAUCCACGGAGAAGCCAAAGCGGUCAUCUCCCUUCAGAUCAAAGUUAAAGAUAUAAGUUCGACAGAAGAAGCACAUCACAUCAGAUAUGGGCGAGUCGAAGUGUUACCAAGAUUCGAACGAAACCUGACCGACAUGUUGUCUUGCGAUGGCGAUACAGUAGAGUUCGAAUGUCAAGUUACUGGCAACCCCGAGCCGGAUAUUAGAUGGUUCCAUUAUGCUGAGGUGAUUAGGGAUUGCGCUGACUUCGAGUCUUCGUACGACGACGGUACAGCGAGGUUGAAGAUCAAACAAGUUACUGCCGAAGAUGAAGGCACCUACACGUGUGAGGCUUCCAACUGCCUCGGCAAGGCGAAGUCGAAUGCCUGUCUCGUUGUUUAUCCACCUGGUGAGCCGAAUACGUUGUGCCAGCGACUCCGUCGUCCGCCAGCGCUGCUCUCAGCUGCCUCUACUCCUCGAUCCACGCCGCGCAGUACACCGGCCAGAUCAGUCUCCAGGACCCGGACGCCAGGUCCAGACACACGGCGUCUUUCCAGUCCAGGCCGUCAAAUGGCUCCGACUUUCUACACUUAUCCCUUCAACAAAGUGGUGGAGGAGGGCGAAAACGUGACCUUCAAGUGCGCCGUCAAAGGGAACCCUUCGCCCUGGGCCUCAUGGGACAAGGACGGCUCCAUAAUCACGCCUUCAGCGAGAAUAACUGUCAAGGAGAAGGAGGAAAUAAUGAGAAUUUUAGAAAUCGAUGAGGUUUCGAUAGAAGAUGUCGGAAUUUAUCGGAUAACUGUUGAGAACGAGCUCGGUAGGGCCGAGGCGUCUGCGAGACUCGAGGUGAUCACCAGGUCUGGGAAGUUUUAUGGAGGAUUGAGAGCAUACAGCGCAUCGCCAAGGAAGUGUCUCUCGUACCGGAGACGACCCUCCACUCCGAGGCAAGACUGAAGCGAAGAAACGACGUGGGUCGUAGAGGAAACGGCGAAUGUGUGAAUCGAAACAAUUCGUUUUUAGUUAUCUGUGCAUUUUAUUUAAUUGUUUUUUUUUAUAUAUUGUUAUAUUCGUAACUCGAAUUAUGACAAGUUAAGUUUUUUUUUUGUUGUGUUUUCCUUCAGACUUUGCUGGCUUAGGUUGGGCAAGCAAUUAAAAAAUCACAAUCCAACUUGAAUAUAUUUGUGUCCCUAUUCUGUUUUGUUGGACAAAUGUUUUCCUUGCCACACCUUACUACGCGAAGGAUCUGUAUACCCUGGCAACACAAAGUGUGACCCUGUAGAACGAAGUAUUAUUGCGUACAAUGUAGUGAUUAGAAGCAAUUGUGAAUGUAACACAUCCCGCGAUAUUAAAUAAAGUUUACUACUAGUU